UCACUGAGUGCUCGUGCGGUGGAUAAGAGUAGAGUCAGGGAGGAAGACUUGUCCUUCUGAUUCUCGAUCUCCAUCGUUCUUCUUCCACUCAUAAGAGAGAGAAAGGGGUAAUUACAUCGCAGGUUAGGGUUUUCAGAGAUCUAUCAACACGUUUCGUUCCGAAGAGGGGCUUUCAGAUCUCCUCUCCAUUAUUUUUAUCAUCAUUCUGUGUCCCACAGACAGAAAAGUGCGAGUUUUCCAUUGUUCUUUUUCCUCUCAUAGGCCGCAGGAUCUCGAACCAGAGGUUGCUUCUCUUCAUGCGAUUGGUUCAUUAUGGCACCUAAACCAAAUUCAGCUGAUGGGAGGACUAGGAGCUCUGUACAAAUACUUAUCGUACUCGGGUUGUGCUGUUUUUUCUACAUAUUGGGUGUAUGGCAGAGAAGUGGAUUUGGGAAGGGAGACAGCAUAGCUUUAGAGAUGACAAAACAUGGGGCCGAUUGCAAUAUAAUCCCAAGUUUGAAUUUUGAGACCCAUCAUGGUGGGCAAGUUGACAAUCUGGAUGCCUCUGAAAAGCCCAAAGUUUUUAAGCCUUGUAAUCCUCGUUAUGUUGAUUACACACCCUGCCAAGAUCAAAAGAGGGCUAUGACUUUCCCUAGGGAAAGCAUGAUUUAUAGAGAAAGACAUUGUCCUCCUGACAAAGAGAAACUACACUGUCUUAUCCCAGCACCCAAAGGAUAUGUAACUCCAUUCCCCUGGCCCAAGAGUCGUGAUUAUGUUCCUUAUGCUAAUGCACCAUACAAGGCCUUGACAGUUGAAAAGGCAAUUCAGAAUUGGAUCCAGUAUGAGGGCAAUGUGUUUAGGUUCCCAGGUGGAGGAACACAGUUUCCUCAAGGGGCAGAUAAGUAUAUUGAUCAGCUCGCUUCCGUGAUACCAAUUACAAAUGGGACUGUUAGGACUGCCCUCGACACUGGUUGUGGGGUUGCAAGCUUGGGUGCUUACCUAUGGAGCAGAAAUGUUGUUGCCAUGUCAUUUGCACCGAGAGAUUCACAUGAAGCACAGGUCCAAUUUGCUCUUGAAAGAGGUGUACCUGCUGUUAUUGGUGUUCUGGGUACAAUAAAGAUGCCAUAUCCAUCUAGAGCCUUUGACAUGGCUCAUUGUUCACGUUGCUUAAUUCCUUGGGGGGCAAAUGAUGGUAUGUACUUAAAGGAAGUUGACCGUGUUCUUAGACCUGGUGGCUACUGGGUGCUUUCUGGUCCACCAAUCAAUUGGAAGAACAAUUACAAAGCAUGGCAACGUCCCAAGGAGGAACUCCAAGAGGAGCAAGAUAAGAUUGAGGAGAUUGCUAAACUUCUUUGCUGGGAAAAAAAGUAUGAGAAGGGUGAAAUUGCUAUUUGGCAAAAGAGGGUAAAUGAUGAAUCAUGUCAUGAUAGACGUGAUAAUUCUCAAGCCAACUUUUGCAAGGGUAGUGAACUUGAUGAUGUGUGGUACAAGAAAAUGGAUGCUUGCAUAGCUCCAUAUCCCGAUGCUGGUAGCUCAGACGAAGUUGCUGGUGGAGAACUGAAACCAUUCCCUGGGAGGCUGUAUGCCAUCCCUCCUGGAAUUGCUAGUGGAAGUGUUCCUGGAGUUUCUGUUGAGACAUACCAAGAGGACAACAAUAAAUGGAAGAAGCGUGUGAAUGCUUAUAAGAGAAUUAAUAAAAUCAUUGACACAGGAAGGUACCGGAACAUUAUGGAUAUGAAUGCUGGGUUGGGAGGAUUUGCUGCAGCUAUUGAAUCACCCAAAUUGUGGACUAUGAAUGUUGUGCCCACUAUAGCAGAGAAAAAUACACUUGGUAUCAUAUAUGAGCGAGGAUUAAUUGGCAUCUAUCAUGACUGGUGUGAAGCUUUCUCCACAUACCCAAGGACUUAUGACCUCAUUCAUGCUCAUGGUCUUUUCAGUUUGUAUGACAAGGAUGGCAAGUGUAACCUGGAGGACAUUCUUCUGGAGAUGGACAGGAUUUUGCGUCCAGAAGGUGCAGUUAUAUUCAGGGAUGAAGUCGAUGUACUAAUUAAGGUGAAGAAGAUAACAGAAGGAAUGAGGUGGGAUACUAAAAUGGUUGACCACGAAAAUGGACCCUUAGUUCCCGAGAAGAUAUUGGUGGCUGUUAAGCAGUAUUGGACUGUGGGCGAAAACUCGACAGCAACCCAGUGAAUGGCAAACGAGAGAACUCAGAAACUCAUCGUUGUUCUGAGCAGGCAGUAUUCUCUGCUAACAAAGUUAAGGUAGGAAUUGGUUUCUUUCAGUGAUCAAUUUUGUCUGCUAGUUUCAAUGUAGUGAGGAUGGAGGGUUGGGUUAAUGUCUAUGAUAGUGUUGAUUGGUCCAUGUUCAAUUGUAUUACGAGUAAUUUAAUAACAGCCAGCUUCGGUGGUAAAGCUAUAGAUAUUUUGAAACUUAUUAUUAUACCUUUUAUGGUAA